GUGGCUCUAGCAUAGCUGCAGGGUCAUCUGCCUGCUCUCCGCGUUGCUUGCCUCACGGUACAGGACAACAGCAAUUUCGGCAGUCUGAAGAGGUAGGGUUGGCACGCGGUGACGCAUAGGCGGUGACGCCUAGGACAGCUCGAACGUCGUAGAGUGGAGGUUCUAGGGUAGGACUGUCGGAUAGUCGGAUAGUCGGAUUGACGGCUAGGUUGAUAUUGUGAUAUGAACACAAUUCCGAUGGCAAAGAAUGUUUCUGGAAGAAGAGUAGACGCGACUCUCCGAGCAAGUAUGAGCAAGCAUCUUGCUUGGUCCUUCAACGCGCGGAGCAGCUGUAAUGACUUAGUCUGCAGCGACAAGAAUGCAUUUUCAAAUAUGUGCUCGAAGAACGGGACAUGGCGACGAAUGUCGAGAUUCAUAGCAUUGAUCACGGUUGUCAGUAUUGUGGCGAUAACGCGCGAAGCGCUGAUGACAGCCACUGGAGACGGCCGAAAAAUCCUAGUCUUCUCUAAUCGUCGGCCGGUUUUUGCGGGACAAGCAGCAGAGGACGGGGCGAACGAGGAAGGCAGAAGCCUGAGCCGCAUCGUCCCACAUCCGGACGUCGUCAUAUGGGCCAAGGGUCCGCUGCACAAGCGGCUGGAGGCGGUGUGCGCGGGCUACGCGCUGCACCACCUGCUGUCGUCCAAGCUGCCUGCCGGCGUCCCCGAUACUAGCGCUUCCGAUACCGGUGCUGCGUCUUCCCAGCAGCAAGCGCAGCAGCGGCCGUUGCGGCUGGCCGUGCUGUGGCUGCCGGAUCAAUCCAUGCCGCACGCUACGCUCAACCACGUGCUGGGCCCUCUGCCUCCCCCCAGCGCGCUCUCCGCUCCGCAAGGCGAUGAGCAGGACGAGCAACAGCAGCAGCAGCAGCAGUCGACUUCGUUCUUAGUGGAUUCCUCUGACGAGGCGCUCGUGCUGCAGCACCACCCGAGCUGGCUCAACUCGCCGCUCUACACCUAUGGGACCCUCAACUCGAGAAUCCCCCAGGCGAUCUCUCAAGAACAGCUGCAGCAGCAACAGGAAAAACAGUCAGGAACCUUCUCCGCCUCUUCCUCCUACCCCCUCCCCUCUGCCCACCGCCCUCGCCGCCUCCACGUGAAUUUCUUCCUCUCCUCCUCCCUCCCUCCCAUGGCCGCCGCCCUUGCUGACGUGGACAACUCCCACCUCCACACCUCCCUGCAGCGCUGCUACAGCCUGCUACAGCCGUCCACAGCGGUGCAGGAGCUGAUGGCCAAGGAGAACAUGACACGUGUCCAGCAGAGCACAGCGGUGUACAUGGAGCCGGUAGCCCUUACCCCUUUAUCACCACUCUGCACCGGUUGUGAUCCCAAACUCGCCGUUAACUGCACGACCCGCCGACUCAUGUGGUUUUUUCUCGGGCAGCCCGAUGGAGACGCCACGGUGGCGGGUUUCUGGCCGUCGCAGGCGCUCGCCGUGGCGCACACCUUCCACCCCUCCCGCCAGCCGCACCUGCUCCGCGCAACCCUGCGCCGUUCCGCCCUCUGCCGGCCCAACCCUGCGUGGGGGGAAGCGCUCCCUCCGCCGAUCGUCCCCGCGGAGCCGACUCCGCGAGAGACCGUUGAGCGGGGAUGGCUGGGGAGGCUGGGCUGGUAUGACGGGCGGGCAGAAGCAGACGCGGAGGGAGGCGGAACGGGCGGGUUACGAGGCGGCGGGGGCAUUGGGUUUGGAAGUGAUGGGAGUGGCGGGAUGGAGCAGGGGGCGCGAGGAGUUGGCGCGUGGAUAGAGUGCGCGCAACUAGAGGCGGCGGAGCUGUUCACGCUGUCAGCAGCGCGCGGACUCAUUCACCUGCAGCACUCCCCCCAGGCGGAACUCAUCCGCGCGCAGGCCUCCGCCAGGGGCCGCAUCCCCCGCAUGCACGACGUGCUGGUCGCUCCGGAGAGCUUUCCGCGGGGAGCGGGGGGUGCGCCAGCGACAGUGGGGGGAAGCAGCGGGGGGGAAGGCGGGGAGGGCGGGGAGGGGAGAGUGUUUGAGGGGGAGCGCGGGCUGUGCCAUGCGCCGGCCAUUGUGCCGAUCAACAAGCACCGCAUUGGGAAGCAGCUCAUAGUAGACGACACAGUGGGCAUGGUGUACUGCGCGGUUCAGAAGGUGGGCUGCACGAGUUGGAAGGUGUGGAUCCGCCAGCAGCACCACCACCCCAACCCCAACCAGCUCCUAGACACGCACCUCCCAGCCACCAGCAACGUCACCGAGGUCUGGUACUCCCUCGCCGAGCCUGACGCCAUCCGAGCCAUCACCCGAACCGACUACACCAGGUUCGUGUUCGUCCGGCAGCCGUUCACCAGGGUUGUUUCGGCGUAUCUCAACAAGCACGUGGCGGGCGGCGGGCCGGACCGGUUCGGGCGGCAGUUCUGGACGAAGAAGUUUUUCGGGCAGCUGUGGGCGCUGCGCACGUGGGACGCGCUCAGAUUCCGGGCGAACGAAGGGAAUUCUUCCGCUGGAGGGGCGGAAGGGGGGGAAGGCGGAGCAGCAGCACCAGCUGGCGCAGCAGCAGCAGGGGAUGCAGCAGCAGCAGCAGGGGGCGGUAGCAGGAACAGCAGCUGGUGGGGGGUGUGGAAGGACCGGUUUCGCAUGGAGGUGGGCGAUCUGCUGUCGUUUGAGGAGUUCGUGCGACUGCUGGGCGACGCGUGGGAGGAGGACAGGCGCUGGCACCUGGACGAACACAUCGCCCCCCAGAACCUGCUGUGUGGGCUGGACCGCAUCAAGUAUGACUACGUGGGGCGGUUCGAGAGCAUGGACAGGGACGUGCAGGCCCUCAUGGAGCGGUUUGGCCGCAACGCGGGUGAUGCGUUUGACUUUGGGAAGAAGAUCCACCCGACCAAGUCAAGAGAGCAGAUGCAGCAGAUGAUCACGCGCAAGGCAACGUACGACAUCAUAAAGCGCGUGUAUGCCAUGGACAUGGACACCCCCUUGAACAACAUCUCCUACGAAUCCCCUGAGGAACUGAGGAAGAUCUACGAAGUGGGGGAAUCGGGGCAGGGCGGCAGCGGGAGCCAGGAGUCGAGGAGUGUGGGCAGGUGAAAAAGGCAAUGCAUUGCCAUGCUAUGCGGCGUGGGAUUAGUAUGGACUCGAAUGCCCUUUGAGGCACUAGUGUGGGGCAAAAAUACUCAGGGGUGCAACGCACUCAGCCUAUGCAAGAGAGAGGGGGGGGGGGGGCGCUUUGCUCGUGUCGGAAAGAGGAGGAUCGAUGUGGGGAGAGGAGAGCGAUCGAGAGAGAGGGAGGGAAGUGGGGAGGGAAGGAAGUGGGGAGGGAGGGGGCAUUUGCUGGCGUGCCAUUGGCCAUGGUGGCAGCAGCGUGCCCAAACGUGAAGCGGUCCCUGACUCCGAUCUGUGCUGGUGGUCACGCCGACCCCCCAUCUGUGCCUGGGUGCGAGCCUCUUCUUGAGGCGCCUCAACAACAGGCUCACGAGAAAAGUACCACGCUCACAGCAUGCCACUAGGGUGCGUCCGCUGCAUCUGCUGCUGCUGCUGCUGCAAGCUGUAGCUGUUGCAAGGUGCGGCUGCUGCAUGGGAGAUGGAGGGGGCCGAGUGUGCGUGGUUGUGCUGAUUAGCAGCACGAGCUGUUCUUGAGCCGCCUCAAGCAAGAGCCAGUUGGGAGCACUGGUUACUGGUCACUGCUCAGUGGUCUUAAAAUUACUUGCUCGACUAACGAGACCGGGGGGUCUGGGUGUGGGAAAGGGGCUGUCUGGAUUGAAACCCCGUAACUUGAUACAGUAGCAGGUCGCAAUCACCCGAACUCUUAUUCUAUGGUGGUUCUAAAGGCUACCAUCUUGGUUGGAUUCGUUGUUUUGAAAAUACACUCUUUCUAAACAG